AUGGCUGUAGUUGUUAGAUUUGUUGAUAAACUUGGUGCUAUUAGAGAGAGUUUUAUCGGAAUUGUUCAUGUGAAAGACACGGCUUCUACAACUCUUAAACAAGCCAUUGAUGAUUUAUUAGCAAGCAAACAGUUGAGCAUAAAACAAGUGAGAGGCCAAGGUUAUGAUGGUGCAAGCAACAUGCGGGGAGAAUUUAAUGGGUUAAAAGCGUUGAUUUUGAAAGAUAACCCGUCUGCACAUUACAUCCAUUGUUUUGCUCAUCAACUUCAGUUGGUUAUACUCGUUGUUGCAAAAAAACAUGCCGUUUCAGCUUCUUGCAAACGAAAAGAUAUGUUAAGAGAGGAAAAAAAGGCGAGAGUGGAAAAAGAGAUACUUGAAGGUGAAAAUAAAACGGGUAAAGGUUUAAACCAAGAGGUUUCCCUAGCACGAGCCGGUGAUACGCGAUGGGGUUCGUAUCAUAGAACCAUCAUCAGUUUGCUUAGAUUGUUUCCGGAAGUUGUUACCGUACUUCAAUAUGUUAAAGUAGAUGAAGAUUGCAGUCAACAACGGAUAAAUGCAAAAGGUAUUCUAUCCUAUUUUAAAAAACUCGAGUUUGUUUUUUAUAUGCAUUUGAUGGGAGAUAUAUUAAGUUACACAAAUGCUCUUUCAAAACACCUUCAAGAAAAAGGUAAAGAUUUAUUAGAAGCGGCCAACUUGAUAAAUGGUACAAAAGGAGCAUUAAAUGAUUUAAGAUAA